AUGCUAGACAGCAUCAAGUCGCGCAACCAAGGGAUCGAGUCAUCCGGCGCUUCCAGCAGCACCCUGGAGAGCGGUAUUCUCGCCAUUGCGAUCGAAGCAGCCAUCAAGCAGUACCCGGAGGUGCAAGACAAGUACGCCGCCUACCUCGGAGAUGUUCUCGACGCGGCGACACCAGCUUUGACGAAUGCGACGUAUGACUCAACACGGCCUCUUGAUCGAUUCUCUGUUGCGACUUCCAUCGAGAGUGCGUCCACGGCCGGCAUAGUCUCCGUCUCGGCCCAAGCGGCAUCAGCCUACGAUGCACUCAACACCUCGCUUUCACUUCAGAUUCGCAACCCGGACGGCGGCUUUUGGUACUAUGUCUACCCUCAAUGGAGCUAUCUCGACGGCAUGUUCUCUGUACUGCCCUUCAUGGCGUCGCAACCCCGUCCGAACUACACCGACAUAAGCCUGCAGAUUUCCCUGCUGUACGACCAUUGCCUGCAAAAGAACACCUCAUUGGUCACUCAUGGGUACGACUACUCACGCACUGCAGUUUGGGCGGAUAAGGAAACAGGCGCAAGCCCAUACGUCUGGGGUCGUUCCGUUGGAUGGUUCGUGGCCGGCCUCGUUCAAACCUGGGAGGCUCUUGACUGCCCUGCCGCUUCGGGUCAGAGCGAAGAGUCGGAACCCGUAUGCAGCCAAAUUCAAAACAUCACCACACAACUCUCCACUGCGCUGGUCAAGUACGCCGACGUUGAUACCGGGGCGUGGUGGCAGCUCACGACGUUUCCCGGCCGCAGCGGAAACUACCUUGAGAGCUCCAGCACGGCGCUGUUCAUGUUCUCCAUGCUGAAAGGAGCCAGGCUUGGAAUCUUCCCAGAUUCGGGAGCUCUCUUUAGGAAGGUUGCCCUUCGCGCGUACAACUACACCGUCAACAACUUCGUAACUAACCCGGGCAACGGGACCAUCGGGUACGAUAAGACUGUGUCAGUAUGCAGCCUCAACUCCACGGCCACUUACGAAUACUACACCAAGCAACCACUGGUGCCAAACAGCUUGUUGGGUGAAUCAGCCUUCGUACUCGCGUCUUUGGAGGUAGAAAGGAAGUAA